AGUCAAAGUUAAACACGAGGCAUAAAUUGGCGCCAAACCCCCUACAACCUAAAAUCGUCUGCUUCAUUUGAUCUCUAUUCAAAAUUUAUAAUACUAUAUUGAAUAUCAGUUACUUCAAAAUGAUUGUAAGUGCUACUACUGGUACAUUUUUCUCCGUCGAAAAUCAUUCACCUGAAUUUAGAGAAAGCGCGUCAAGAAAGCUAGGAGGAAGUCUUCUUUUUGUAGCAAAUUCUAAGAAGUCUUUUUCUUGUAGCCUACAAGUUAAGGCUAACUCUCAAGCACCGCCGCAUGUGAAUGGAUCAAACGUUUGCCUUAAGCACGAUCACAGGCUCAAUGUCGACCCUUUUGGACCAGGAAAACUCAUGGAAGAUGGCUUUGUUUUUCGUCAAAGUUUCAGCAUCAGAUCAUAUGAAAUCGAGGCUGAUAGGGUCGCGUCUAUAGAAAUGAUGAUGAAUCUUUUGCAGGAAACAUCUCUAAAUCACAUGAAGAGCAUAGGAUUUAUGGGGACUGGAUUUGGGUCAACUCCAGAAAUGUCCAAAAGAAAUUUGAUUUGGGUUGUCAUGAAGAUGCAGGUUUCGAUUGAUCGCUAUCCUACUUGGGGCGACGCUAUUAAAAUAGACACUUGGAUGGCUGCUUCAGGGAAGAAUGGUACGCGGCGUGAUUGGCUUGUCCGUGAUAGUAAUACAGGGGAUAUAUUGAUGAGAGCUUCCAGCUUAUGGGUAAUGAUGAAUAAGGAAACAAGGAAAUUAUCUAAAAUACCAGAUCAGGUUAAAACUGAAAGUGAAGUUACUUUUGUGGAUUUGCCUCCGGUUCUUGAUGGGGACAGCAGAAAGUUACCAAAACUUGACGAGAUCACAGCAGACUAUACUCGUACUGGUUUAACGCCAAAAUGGAGUGAUCUAGACGUGAACCAACAUGUUAAUAAUGUCAAGUACAUUGGCUGGAUUCUUGAGAGUGCACCUAUGCAAGAUCUAGAGGGUUAUGAGCUUGUUGGCAUGACGUUGGAGUAUCGACGGGAGUGCAGAAGGGACAGUGUACUACAAUCUCUCACAUCCGUAUUGCAAAAUGCAGUUGGUAAUUUCGCCAACCCCAGCAAUGUCGAGUGUCAACAUUUGCUUCGUUUGGAGAGUGGUGAAGACGUUGUGAAGGGAAGGACUGAAUGGAGGCCAAGAUUUGCCAACAUAACUAAGAAUUGGUACAUGUACUUCUAGUGGCCUACUGGGCGUAGCAGCGUGGAUGAUACGGGGACUAGGUGAGUUGCAUUUCUCGAGGCGACCCGGGACUAGGUGAGUUGCAUUUCUCGAGGCGUGGAUGAUACAGGGACUAGUAUAUUGAUUCCUAGAAAGAGCUCAUGCACUUGUGACACCCGGUUCUGGGAUGUAUUUGGGCUUAUUCAGAUUUUUUUUUUUAAAUGUUGUUAAAUGUUUCAUUAUUUAUU